UCAUCUGACACAGAGGCUAGCUACUCCUCCAGGAGGAGCUCUCUCUUCUCUGUCAUGUCAGCAGAGGAUACAGAUAUAGAUGCGAGCGUUGAUGAGCCCAGGUUUGCCAGGACACAGGAACACCACAUCUGUAGCCUAGACAUAUCAUCCAACCACAUCUCCACCCUAGAGAACCUGGUGACCAGUAGAGUGGAGGUGUUGCCCAACUUGUGUAAGCUGGAGCACCUUCAUCUCAGUGACAAUGAUUUGACACAAGUGCCUGUGGAGGUUUUCAAGGCAUUGUCAUCUCUAAAAAGUCUGUCUCUCAAUAACAACAGAUUGAAUGCAUUCCCAGUAUUCACAGGGUCGUGUCCUAAACUUGCCAGUUUGAACUUGGCUUCUAAUUUGAUUGAAACCCUGACCUUCAGCUGUCUGGAGUCUUUGCUGUUAGUGGAACUGAAUGUGUCCAAGAACAAGCUGACCCAGUUUCCUGUGGGGAUAGAAAAAGCAUAUCCUCACCUGUCCAAACUGAACAUUAGUAGCAACCUUAUUCAAGCUCUGCCUUCUGAACCAUGUAACCUGACAGACCUCCGUUGCCUGGAUAUUUCCCACAAUUCCUUCAAGGUCCUGCCUGAUGAUUUUUUGAGAAACUGUCCCAGGCUGGAAACUUUGAUUGCGGUCAACAAUGGACUAGAGGUUUUGCCAAAUGAGUCAAUUGCUUCCUGUUUACCUCGACUGACUACAGUCAAACUCAGCAACAACAACAUCACAGAGAGAGAGCCCUUCUACAUACCCAAGUUUAUUCUAGAACUUCCCAAUGUGCGGACCGUGGACCUCUCCUGUAAUGGUCUUGUUGGCUGUCCGCUGCCCUCCAUGUGGAAGACACAGAUGCUGAAGGAGCUGAUGCUAUCCAAGAACAACAUCACCAAGCUGAAUUUGGAAGGGGCUCGGCAAUGGAGUAAACUGGAGAAGUUACAUUUGUCUUACAACAAGAUUUCUGAG